AUGUCAAAUACACAUUUACUAGUUAUUAAAACAUAGCUAAAGCUUCUUUUUGUUGUUAUAAUCCAACGAUUGUGGUCUGUCCACAUAUUCCGCGUUACCCUUCACCUUUAGUUACGGUAACAUGGUAUGGCCAGUCUGACAAUUUAGUAAUCAUAUCUCGUUUGUAUCGCUUUAAUUUGAAUGUUUAGUGUCAUGGAGUUAUUGUUACUUUUAUAUGUCAGUCACUGCAAGGCGUGAUAGCCCUAGUGUUGCCAUUUGUCAGCAAUAUUACACUGUUGUCAUAUUCCAGAUCUCAUUGCAUUGUUUAGUUCUAGUGGCUUCAUGGGACUAUACCGACUGGGUCACUGACGCUGUCAGAUAUUGCGGCAAUAAUUCAAGUGACCAAAACUAUUGCGCUUUACAAAAGAUAUUGUAAAAAAAUAGUAACAGAUAUUAGACAAAAUUCAAUUAGUAGCGGCUUCUAGUGAAGCCUGAUAUUAGCAUAACA